UUGUUUUCUUAUCCCACACCACCACACACUCAUUUGAGGUCUGGAAAGCGGCUUUGUGCGUAGCCGUUUCUUUUAGCGAAAAAGUGCUCAUUAUGGUGAUUUUAUUGCUCACGCAAUAAUUUCAGUUUGCUUGAGUUAAUCGCAGUGAAUAUUCAUUAACGUGCGAGCGAUGGCGAAGCUUGUGGACGUCUUUGUGACGGAAGAAAACACCCCUAUCAAAAAGAGGCAACUUCCUCUCGAUGUCGACGAAAACUUAUCCAUGAUUCUGGAUCUUACCAACUCCAACAUUAUCGGCGAAGGCACAACCUCAAAGGGAAAAGACUACGAAACCUUUCUGUCACUCUACAGCUUGCUCUCGUUUGAAGACAUCAAUAAAGCAUUCCGAGUAAAUUGCAAAGAUGUCUUGGACAUCUUGAGCCAGACAAUUCCCUGUGUUGGCUGCCGAAGGAGUGUGGAAAAGAUGUUCUACACAUUGAAGAAGUUUGGUCAUCCUACUUUUCAUCCUAUAGAGGUUACUAAGGAAGGAUUCUUGAUCGUCAGCAAAUCAGCCCUUGAAGAUCCGCCAACCCUUUGUGCGCUGCUGCGUGAUCAUGAGAGCAGGUUGAACUCGCUAGCUGACGGGCCUCAGCGGUCUAAGAAAAGGCCCCGCUGCACCCUGCACACCCUAGAAACCCAGAGACACCGCGGUGCCAUCGGCAACUGGCUGGACGUUUGGGACGCGAUGUAUCCGAUUUGCAGAGAAGAGGCGCUGCUGGUCGAAACCUCUGUACUGUUGCAGACCCUGGAGGCGUACCUCCGCAAGCACCGCUUCUGCACAGAGUGCCGCAACAAAGUGCUUCAGGCAUACUCUCUGCUGGUCGCCGACGGAGACACGCCUGUGCCUCCUGACGGUGUCGCACAACCCACUGCUGAAGAGCUCAAAGGCUACCAGAAGGCGUUGUAUGAUGGCAUCGAGUACUGCUCUGAUGAAAAGCACUUGCACAUCAAGUGCAGCACCGACUUUGUUAGUCAGCUCAUCAAUAGAGCUGAGCCAGAGCUCAACGGAAGUCGUAGAGAGAGGCAUGCCAAGACUUUGGAGGUGGCUCAAGAGGAAGUCCUUACUUGCAUCGGGCUUUGUCUCUAUGACCGGCUCCACAGAAUCCAGCAAAGGCUGAGAGAGGAAGAGAGAACUGCCAAGGUUCUGGCUGCAGCUGCCACGCAAGCGUUGGGCCGAAACUUUCAGUUGGCAGUAGAUGAAAAGAGGGGCAUGUCAAAACUCAUGCUACUCUACGAGGAAAUCACCAAGGAAGAACUUGCAAAGGAGAUCCGCAAGGAAAACAAAAAGCAGAAAAGGAAGAAGAAGAAAGAAAAGAAGGCGGAAGAAAAAGAGAGUAACUGUGAGUGUGGUGAGGAGCAACCCUGCAAAAACCCGGCUUGCCUGUGUGAAGAUAGCGAAGACGGCAAAGACAUCAUUGAUGAGAAGAAAAAGGUCGUGUUGAGCCGUAAACUGUCGUGCGCGACAAAUAAAAAAGGCACCAAACACCAUCCGCAGCUCAUGGUUCAGCAGAAUUGUAGUGGCGGCGGCGGUUCUGUUGGCAUGGCGGCCGCGUCUUGUGACUCGUGUCAAAGUGCUCAGAAAAAUCCUGCCAACAAGUGGUCAGCCAGGUGUUCCAGCCAGCAGUCGCAUGACUUUGGAUACUCGUCAGAGGGAAAUGAAACCAUUUCUGGCUCAUGCAGCCUGCCCAGUUCACCAGAGGGAUCUGAAGUCGCUUGUUCGGAUGGCUUCUGCAACCACGAUGAUUGUGCUGAGGCAAGUAAAGAGAACAACACCCUCAGAGAAUUGUUAUGGCAAAAGAAGUCUUUGGUCGAUAAUGGCCCAAGAACAUUAUUGCAGAUGUUAGAGGAUACGCCGACACUUGAUGAGGAAGACAGCGAGAGCAGUUUCAUUCCAGCAGAGGAUGUGAAAGCAUUUGAAGCUCAAAUGGAGGAAGUAAAAGAGAAGAGAAGAGAGUUGCGUGAAAUCCUUAGAGCUCGUUUCGAGAUCCUGUGCAACAAUCCUUGUUGAAACCCAGUAAAACUAAGCAUUGGCAGCCCCAGUUGACUCCCCAAUAUUUUUCAUAUUUUUUAGAAAGUUGUAUUUACGAUGCUAUAUUUUUUUUGUGGUCAAAAUCAAACUUGAGGAAUGGUAAUUUUGUCACAGAAAGCAGUAAAAACUCGAUCAAAGACAGAUAAAAGGUGAACUAACUAUGGAGUUGUUUGCUAUCCUUAUUGCCUUGUUUGAAAUGCAUGAUGCCUUCAAAAAGAUUCCAUUUAUCCAGUGUUGAUUCCAUUAGAUAUUAAUUACCCUUUAAGUGAUAGUGUCAAAUAAUCGAGUUUAUACUGUUGAUGAAUAAUCGAAUUCAAUUUUGUACUCGUCACAGAUGCGUUAUUUUUGUUGCGAGAAAUCUUGUUGAAUCGCUGCCUGGCGAUCUAUAAUCGAUGCAAACUCUGUCGCGUCUGAGUACUGAUUAAAUUCUAACUGAUGUGGCUUCAUUCAUUUGCGCCAGCAUUCUGCUGGCUCUCACUAGAAAAUAAUUUGGAAUUAAAUUGCAGUUUUUGAGCCCUUUCCCUUUGGAGCAUAGCAAUUAUUCAACCUACAGGACUCUUUGUGUAGUUUCGUAUAUAUUUAGUUAUUGUGUAACAGAUUCAAACCUUCGCCGCUCAUUUGUCUACAUUGUAGUUUUUUUCUUCAAAAUACAAGGAACCUGCACAUGGAUGAAAAA